AUGCUGGACGAAGAGCAUACCGCCUUCCCGUACGUUUAUCCAGUCCGCAAAAGCGUUUUUGACAACAAAAUAGUCAUACCGGAGGACCAAGCGUUAAUCGGACCAAAAUUGUGAGUUUUUUUAUAUUGUACUAGAUGUUUGGGCAUACGUGAUGGAAAAUUUCGAAAAUUCGGAAAAUUUUCUGAAAUUUUGUCCAAAGAUUUUUUAAAUACGGUCUAUGGAGCUCCCUGAUCCAGUUUCGAUUAGAUCUUUAACUAUUUUGGGAAUCGUCUUGGUAUCUUGGUGAUGGUGAGAAAAUAAAAUGUUUACAAAAGCGUCCAAUUUGGAGUAUAAAAUGUAAAUUUAGCUCCCGGUGUCCCAUGUUUUGCGAAGAAAAGCAGGUGGAUGUCGACUUUUCCGCCAAAGACCUGCUUCAUCACCCCGUGACGAUCUUCAUCAUCAGUACUAACAGCCAAUAGUCGAAGAGUUGAAGUGAUGUUUUUUCGGUAAGGUGAGUUGCGCUUGGUGAUAGUCAAAAUAAUGUUGUUUAUUUGUAGAGCUGGGCCGUCCAGAAGCUGGAUCACCAAUGGAAAGACAGUAUUUGAGCGAUCAGAAGCCAGAAUUCAUCAAACAGGUGAGUUAUCUAUAUUGUAGUAGGUUUGAUUUUUAGGCCAUGCGAUGCGGAUGCCCGACGGUAAUGAUGGUGGUAAUGACUUGUUCCACCUCGACGCAAUCAACCCGACCUUUUCUUCCAAUCGUCGUCUUGGAUCAGCGCAAGAAACGGCCGUUCCAUGGAGUUAAAAGCGACGUAGUCAAGGUUUGCUAUGACUGCUAUUUUACCUAAAUUGUGUUUUUACAAACGGUUUAUUCGAAUAAAUUGUGUAAAUAGUAGUAUUUGUGUUUUUGAUAAAUUAUCCAUCACAAAUAUUUGAUUUUCCAAAAAUUUUUGAUGUGCCCCACGUCAAAAAAAUAAUAUCGUAUUUUUUUUCGUUUUGAUGAAACGAAACAUCAAAAAACUUUUUUUGAUGUUUUCAUCAAAAUCUAAUAGACUGAUGAAAAACAUCAAAAAUAUAUGAUGUUUUUUCUUUCAGUGUAUGUGAUGUAAAAGGAGUGUUAGCAAAUAAAGAAGAAAUGAGUUAAACAUUGAAAAAUAAGUGCGAUGUUACAUCUUGUAGGCAAAGAACGCAUAGCACAGCCAUACGAUGCGACAGCAAGGAAACAAAAUAAUAACUCAUUAUCCAUGUAAUACCAGGAGGGUUUAUUGUACGGAGGCUUAUUUCAGCCUGCAAUUAACUCAGGUGACCAUAUCAGGCCGCAGGGAAAAAUGAUGUGGAUUUGCGCGUCCUGGAAUAAAAUAAUGAGCACUCUGUCGCAUGAGAACUCGCAUCGUCCCCAAGAAAAUGAAUUGUGUCGCGGCAAAAUCGAAUUGCUCCUCGCCUCAGUGACACACGUUUGACACAGCGACAUUGUGUUCAUUAUUUUUCCGACAGACUGAUAAAUCCGAGUCUGGCAAAAAUCGUAAAAUGAAGUUGAUGAAAGUGAAAAGGAAGCCGAGGCGGUAGACGUUUAAUAACGACGAACUUAUGGGUGUGCCGUUGCAGAGACAAUAGUUUUCGGGGGCAAACAAACUCCUCACCUUGCCGAGCCUGAUAGGAAGAGUUAUGGAGAAAAGAUAAGGCAAUUGAAAUGAAGACGUUGAUGAUUGAUUGUGAGUCACACUUCCUCGACGUUGCAUGUCAACUUUGUUUGAUGACAACGACGUCACCAAAGUUUUUAUCAGUCUGUCGGGAAGAUAAUGAGCGAAAUAUGGCUGCGUUGCUGACGUGAAAAGCAAUUUGAUUUUGUUGCGAUACCUUUCAUUUUAUCAACGAUUUUCAAUGCGACAGUGUGUGCAUUAUUUUCCCGACAGACUGGUAGUUGUUAGAAAAAUGGGAAUUCAUAUUGGAAAAAGGCGUUUUGUCAACGGUCCGUUUUGCAGUCCGCUCGCAAACUCGAAACUACUACAUAUAAUACUAACAAAUAGAGCUUGGUUUGUUCAAUAUUACUCUCUCGGCCGCAAAGAUUGUUGAAUAUCUCGGCUUCGUCUUCAAAGCGCGAGCUAAAACUUUCGGGAAUUGAUAUUUACAAGGGAAGUACUUGAAGUGUGACGCUCAGAUUUUGAUGAAACUUGGCACAAAUUUAGAAUAAUUUUUUCUAAGAUAUAUGCGGGAAUCCUAGCUCGCGCUUUGCAGAAACAACCGAGAUUUUUAGAUCGAAAGUCGGCGAAAAUUUGGGACUUUUUGCCGAAUUUCGGCACGAAAAGUUUCAUGCCUAUUUCAACCGUAAAGAAUAAUGUUUCUACAAAAAAUCAAAUUUUUCCGCACGAAACUGCCAAAGUUAUGGCCAAAAAGCGGUUUUCUCUCUGACCGCUCUCCACGUUGAGCGUGCUCUCUCGGCGGCAAAAAUCGUUCAAUAUCUCGGCGGCGCCCGCAAAGCGCGAGCUAAAACUUUCAGGAAUUGAUAUUUAGUCCAUACCCGAUGUGUGUGCAAAAUUUAAAGAAAAUCUGAGCGUCACACUUGAAGUACUUCCCCUGUUAGUCUAUGCCUGAAGUGUGUGCAAAAUUAAAGGAAAUCCGAGCGUCGCACUUGGGGUACUUAUCUUGUAAGUUUAUAUCAAGCUUCACUACACAUGUGAGUUGAAAUAUCAGUCUGUCGGGAAAAUAAUGAGCACCAUAUCGCAUCGGAAAUCGGAUCGCUGCCGAGAGAAUGAAUUGUGUCGCUGCAAAAUCAACUUGCUUUUCACUUCAGCGACAUUCUCCUCAUUAUUUUUCCGACGAACUAUUAAUAUAUAGUUUAAAAAAAAUUUGAUGACAAUUAUGACGAAUAUGUUCGUUUUUUAUUAUAUGUACUUUUAUUACACUAUGUAAUAUUAAUAAACGCUCUUCCAUCCAGCCCUCUUUCCUCGGAGAAUUCACCGGCUCACAGGUGCGGACCACCGUUCACUCCCUCGGGCAAAGAAACGUCUUUGUUUUUUUGCUGUUUCUCAUCCUUCUUCCAGGUACUGCGCCGUUGCCAUGCAGACCGGAUUGUGAAAGGCGAAAAAGACGCAUGUACGAAAUGUAAUUACAAACCGCACUGCUUCUCAUUCUUGUGCUUGUCGCUGUUACAAUUAAUAUUCGGAUGUUUUGAUGGGGGUUGUUGAUGUGGCUGAUUUUGGAGUUAUAUUUGGGUGUCCCAUAAGUCUUGCAAAUUUUUUGGGUCGUCGAUUUGUGCGAAUUCUUGUAAGCUUUGAAACCCGUUGCGGAGUAUGUUGGAUACACAGGUUUGAAGCUCAGAUAAAGCGCUUCCAGAUCGUAUAUGACAAGGCCACAUAAGGUUCACCUGCUACCCGCACUGCCCCGAUAUUGUACUAAAAUAUAUAUGGGGUUUUUAAGUGAUGACAAAAGAUAGCUUCUUUUCAUGUUUCCUCACUGUUACUACGCCAUUUAGAAAGUGUGUAGAUUUUGCACAGUGAAUUUUGCCGUUCUCUUUGUGCUAGUUCUCUCAUCUUGUAAAGUCUUUUCUACCGCAAAAUUUUACUUGCAACAUUUUUUUGAACCCAGGUUUACCUACUCCGCCACAAAAGCCAUCCGAAAUUUCGCUGUUUUUUAAUCCCUUGAAUUUUUUUUUUACUUCUUCGUUUAGGUUUUUGAGUCUAAAAAAUAACACUAUCAUUUACAUUCGCAAAAUUAUAAGUAAGCUGGACAACCGGGAGACCUACUUAUUUCUCCCGUUGAAGGCAGCGUUUCCACAAAAGAUCAAUUUGGCGUCGCGCGCUUGCGGGCAACCAUUUUGCGGGCUGCCGACAUCUUUCGAUUAGAAUUACGAUUUCGCUCCCAUAAUCUGCGAAGUACGAUAGAAAUUUUACAUUGACAACUCCCUGGUACUGAUAAGUACACAAAUCUAUUAAAUUCAUCCACUGCUUUCAAAGUUAUGGGAGUUUGUUUUCAAAAAAUGGCAAAAAACGCCUGGAUAUGGUUAUGAUAACUAUUCCAGCCACUUGUACACCUGGAAACUUAAUCCGCAACAUCUAAUCGUCAAGCACAUCGUUUGAAUUUUGUAAGCAGUCUUGGAUGAUUUAAUAAUGUCCGCAAAAUCUCCGUGGGUUUUUUCAAGCUGCCCGCAUAGUGGUUGCCGUGCGGCCCGCCAUCAAUAUAGCCAAAAAGCGUUUUUCUAUGGCCGUUCUCUCCAUUUCGGGUACUCUCUCGGCUGCAAAAGUGCAAGCUAAAACUUUCAAGAAUUCUCUAUUUUUUCGUGUCUUUUCUCUGUCUUUCUACCCGAGCUUUCUACGUGAUUUUGCGGCUUUCGAGCUCAUAAACAAAGCUGAUGACUAUAUAUGUAUAUGUUCCUCCACUCUUCCAGAUGAACAACAUCCGGCUACCCACGGCGGCCGGUGGUCGCCCCAGAACUCCAGCCAGACCGCUUUAUGCUGCCCGCUUGCCUCCAAUUCACCAUCCUCUCGGCGCACCAAAUUCGCCGAGGGCUGAGUCGCCCGAAGACGUCCCAAAAUUGCACACCUCCAUAUCAGAGCCCGUAAUCAGCAUGCCACAGAUCCCGAAAUUAAGGCCCACGACGGGACGGCCGGCUGGAACAAUGCUGAGCGCGACAUCGACGAUGGGACAUAGUGGGAAUAGUGCGAAGCCGCUUCCGUCGAUUGCGGAGCCAUCACGUAAGUUGAGAGAAAGCCAUUUGAAAAUUUUGAGGAAUGCUCUUUGAAUUGCCCGACAUUAAAACUUACGAAAUUAGCGUUUACUGACUAGAAGUACACCAAGUUCGACGUUUGAAUUGUGAUGAAACUUGACACAAAUUAAGAAGACAUUUUUAUAGUACAUAUGCGAGACUUCUAGAGCGCAUUUUGCGAAAAAACCCCCAAAUUUAUGGGUCUAGAGUCAACAAAAAUGUGAUGGUUUUUUGCGAUAUAAAAAAUUUCAUAUCUAUUUUUACUGUAAAGGAUAAUUUUUUCACAAAAAAAGCAUAUUUUUUCGCGCGGGACUGGCAAAGAUAUGGCCAAAAAAAAUGUUAUGUUCUGUGGCCGCUUCUCUCCGCUUUUCGCCCUACCCUCUCGGCUGCAAACAUUGUUGAAUAUCUCGACUUAACCUGCUAAGAGUUUGCUAGAAUUUUUACGAAUUGAUAUACAACCCAUACCCAAAGCUCCCGCAAAAUGUAAAGCCAAUCUGAGCGUCGCGCUUGGAGUAUACUUCCCUUGUGCGCUAAAAAAAUAUCUGAGAUUUCAGGCCGACCAGCUGCCAACGACAAGCCGAAUCCACCAGCUAAGGUUGCCCUCAAAUGCGCAGUUAUAAUCAUCUUCCUUUCGAUACCAAUCCUCAUCUUCGUAUUGAUGAUGGUAAUGUCGGGGGGCUUUGAACCAACGCCCUUGGAUCAUUUCGACGGCGCUAAUGAAACUUUGGCCUCAGUUCCUGACUCAACGUUAGCCCCGUUAAGUGCAGAUUCUGAUUCUGGGAGUAGUACACAAGCCGCUGCAACGACCACAACGCCCAUAGCUGAAGUUACACAAGCGCCAACGGCUCUGACAACCGCUCAAGCGGUUGUUCCAACGCCGGCACCGGCAAAUUAUGAGCCAAGCGGUCCAACAUCAGCCCCUGAGGAUGUGAAUGAGACAGCUGCAGAGGGAGUCGGCGGAGCGAUUCCGGGAGGCGAAGCAAAUGAAGAGUCGGAGGGGGAUCAAGAGUAUGUUGAAGCAAGUUCCGACUUUUCGGGUCGACGACGGUUCGGGGGAAUUACAAAAUCGGUCAAUACGAGGUGUAGGGCAGGCGUAGGAACAAAGUUUAUACCAGUCUCUCGGGAAAAUAACCCGUUGCAAAGCGAUGAUAGGCUAUUCCAAGGGGUGACGAUUCGCCGUUAUUUUCCCGACAGGCUGAUAGUAGGUGUCGGCCUGGCAGCCGUUGAAUUCUCCGCGGACGCUUGGCGGAGGCUUGGCGAGGAAGAAUCUGGAAACUUACAUUAGCUGUAGCCAACCCUACCUUUCUUGACCCUGAGCUAUUGCAAAAUAGAGAAGAACAAAACUUUCGUCAAAAAACGAAGACCCAAAUAUUUACUUUGUUUCAGUACACUCCAUUUCAAAAUGUUAGACACGCCUAUAAAAUCUGCAAUUGCGGCGUCGACGUGCAGUUGACGGAUACGAAACCUUUACAGAUUGAAAGAGGAGGUUCGAAAACCUAUACCAAAAAAUAAUCUUUUUUAUUGCACUGCAAUUGCACUUUGCACAAAAGAUUUUCCAAAUUUUGGGUGUUUCAAAAAGAUAGACACGGUUGCUAUUUUUGCUAAAAACUUGCGAGUAUGGGCCCCAUAGGGCCUGAAAUUAUUAGUAUGACUGUAUUGCAACUGUCUGGACUUUAUUGAGUUCAAAACGCCCGAAUUUUUGUGCAAUUUUCCCGGAAUUGCACACAUACUUCCGUUUUGUGCAAUCUGGCCUGCAUCUUUCAGAAGUCCACUUUCUAUGGGCACAGACAGUGCAGAUGCGACCUAUCGUGUGUUAUGGACUAGAUCCAGUCAGUUUUCACUGGUAUGCAACAAAUUAAUGCGUGGAAAUUGCAACGAAAACUGAUUCGGCUGCUACAUGGUCAGCUUUGAAGGCUGCCCUACGUUUCGAAACAAGCUAGAUGCGAAGAAAAACUUCAUGAGUGCAAUGUUUAGGUUCUCGUAAAAACGUUUAAGUCUGUAGCAUAUGCAGCUCUGCUUUAGCGGGUCCGCAGUGCACAAAACUUUUGCGAAACUAUGCGAAAUAGGCUUAAAAAUGGGUCAAAAACGGUUUUUUGGAAACUUUUCUGGCGUUGGCCCGACGGAGCCUGGACACAAAGCUUACUUAAUAACGCUUGUUUACUGAUCGCCAAGAUAGUUCGGAGCUUUUUGGGUUGUGAAAACCACAGGCACCCGCUUGAGGAGCUUUAAAAGUGACGACUAUCGUUGCAAAAUCAGUUUUCGUUGCAAUUUCCGCGCAUUUAUUUGUUGCAUACCAGUGAAAACUGACUGGAUCUAGUCCAUAAAACACGAUAGGUCGCAUCUGCACUGUCUGUGCCCAUAGAAAGUGCACUUCUGAAAGAUGCAGGCCAGAUUGCACAAAACGGAAGUAUGUGUGCAAUUCCGGGAAAAUUGCACAAAAAUUCGGGCGUUUUGAACUCAAUAAAGUCCAGACAGUUGCAAUACAGUCAUACUAAUAAUUUCAGGCCCUAUGGGGCCCAUACUCGCAAGUUUUUAGCAAAAAUAGCAACCGUGUCUAUCUUUUUGAAACACCCAAAAUUUGGAAAAUCUUUUGUGCAAAGUGCAAUUGCAGUGCAAUAAAAAAGAUUAUUUUUUGGUAUAGGUUUUCGAACCUCCUCUUUCAAUCUGUAAAGGUUUCGUAUCCGUCAACUGCACGUCGACGCCGCAAUUGCAGAUUUUAUAGGCGUGUCUAUCAUUUUGAAAUGGAGUGUAUUAUAUGUAUUAUUGCAGUAAUACAAGUAAAACUCCAAGCAGUAAUAGGUAAUAGACUAUGUUAGAAUAUUAUCAAUCUUAGUGUUUCUAUCGGUCUGUCGGGAAAAAAGCGGCGGAUCGUCGCGCCUGGGAGUCGCUCAUCAUCGCUUAGCGACUGCAAGGCGCGGCUUGGGAUUCGGUGCGCGAUAGCGGCCAGGCGAGACAUUUUGCUGCGACGACCUGCCGUUAUUUUUCCGACAGACUGAUAUUUAUUCACGGAACCUUCUCCAAGCCUCCAUGCAUAAAAUGACAAACUGAAAAAAAACCCAGGUGUAUUGUAGACUCGAACUAUCGUUGGCCCGGAAAGUCGUAGCUUUUGUUGAAGGGCAUCACACUGACUCUGUUCUACAUUUCAGGGAUGAAGAUUCCGGCUUAGAGCAGGAAACCCAAGAGGUCCAUGAGGACAGGAGAAAGAGGAGGCAAACCAAUUUCACCAGGGUUGUGCCAUAG